AUGAUUGCCCUCUUCUUCUUGGGAGUUCUGCUUUUAUGUCACAGCCAUGCUAUAAAUUAUCCUGAUGCCAACGAGGUUAUGACGAAGCUACCCCAAACAUUCAUGAUUCAGUCACUUGGAAAUUAUCCGAAUUUAAUAUGUGGUUACCAGCAUUUCUACAAUGAGACCCGGAGAGGUCAGACUUACCUAAAAUAUGAUUCACAAUUUAAGUAUCCGGACCGCUUAAUUGGCCUAUCUCUCUACGUAAGAAAUGUGACUGGGUACAAAAUUAUUAUGGCUACUCGACCAGAAUCCGUGUUUCCUGCAACAUACAGUCGCCACAUAUUGUUUUCCAACAUGAAAUCUUGUAUGAUAAUCAAAAACCCGGACCCAGCAUUUCCUCAAGGUUGGUAA